AUGGAGUCGUAACACGAAUAUUUUAAAUUUAUGAAUAUGUGAAAUGUGCAUUGUACGAAAUAGUGUAUGUAAAUAUUAUGUGUAGGAUAGUAAAGAUAUUUUCCGUGUGGUAAUUUGUAGCAGUCACGAUGAACUGUCAUCAAAUAUUAAGUGGUGCCUGUAAUGCAGGAGAUCGAUGUUUUGCUGUUGGUUCUGUCGAAGGAAUCCCAUUCACGGCAUAUGCAGCAGGUUGUAACAUUGUUAUUUUGGCCAGCACUUUUGAACGUGUCCAAAUUAUUCCUGGAGCUGUUCACAAUUAUAUUCGAAUAUCAUCUCUCGACUGUAGCACAGACACUGGCAAAAUAGCAGCAGCCUAUGAAGAUCAAGUGUGCAUUUUUGAGCCAACGCCAUUAAUACACAAUGAUAGUUCACACGGAUUAGAGUAUCGUUGGGUCCAGACAGGACGCUUACAGGCAGAUUCCCAUAUCGCUGCUUUAUCAUGGAAUUUAGAAGGAACUCGUCUCUUAACUGGAGGAGCAGUACUUCAAAUGUGGCACCAAAAAUUGGUACCACUAGAUCACGAUCUUGCAGAACCUUCUCAAGGUAAAUUCCAAAUUGGAGGUGACAGAGAUAGUAAAGUUUUACCUGAACCAGAGGAAGGAAAAGAUGAUCAGAAUAUUAUAAUAAUUACUUAUUAUGAAGGGUGGUGGGACUGCGUUUGGAAAUGCAAAACUGCUACUCCUGUGUAUCAUAUGGAGUUUAGCCCUGAUGGUACACUAUUUGCAACAUCUGGUAAAAAUGAUAGACUUGUCAAGAUUUGGUAUGAAAAUAAACAUUUAUUGUUUCCGUCAAAGAGCAUGGACAAUAAUCCAAUAUGCAAGUCAUAAUCAGGAACAAAUUAUGGCUUUGUCUAUAUAGCUCAUCCAAGAGCAUUAACACAUCUCUCUUGGCGUAAAACAAGCAAAUAUAUGCCCAAAGGUUCAGUAUCAAAUAUGCUGGUAACUUCUUGUCUGGAUAAUAUCUGUCGAAUUUGGGUGGAAACUGUUUUACCUGAUGAUGGUUUAGUUAAUAUGAAUCAGUUUGAUCCAUUGGCUUCACAGAAUCCUAAAUUUAGAACUCACAGACAUAAGCAUCGGUUUAUGCAGAGAUUGAAACAUAUGAAAACGUGUUUUCAUAUAAGAAGGCAUGCCAAACAUCAUGGUAAUUUACCCAAUGGCGGGUUAGGUGGGCAAUCUCCUAUACCAACUUUGCCCUCGACAAUAGUGUGCAUGAUUUCCAUUUCAUAUGGAUAUCAUGGAACUGGCGUUACACCAGGAUUACAUUUUCAUCUUGCUGCAUCUAUUAAUGCAGAAACUGAUAUUCCUUUAGUUCCUUCGAUGAAAUCUUCUCAUCCUUCACAACAAGAUCCCUCAUUCAUACUUCAUUGGUUAAAUAAUAAAGAAAUGCAUUUUAGUUUGCAAGCUGAAGCAAUUUUACAGGAACUCACUAGAAAAGUUGUCGAAAAGGAAGAAGCAGCAGCUAAUAUCACACAUGUACAAAAUCCAAGUAUUGUGGAACCCAAUGAUGAAGAAAGUAAAAAAAUGGGUCGUGUAAAUAAAUCAUAUUCGCAAGAUGAAAGCGGUAGUGAUGAGCAUGUCAUGAGCAACAUCAACAAAACACACGAUCCCUCUUUAUCAAAUACAACAUCCAUCAAUUCCUUUGCAACUGACGUAACUGGAGGAGGUGGUGGCAUAGGAAUGCAUAUUACUGAUUCGCUUGAUAUGAAAAUAGAUUGCUUAUUGCGAGAUUGGCAUCAUAGUCCCGACCUACUAUUUUCAGUACAUCCAAUUGAUGGCAGUUUUCUUAUAUGGGUUGUGGAAUGGUUGGAUGAAUAUCAUCCUGGCUCAUUUCGCCAAGCCCAAGUAUCUUUCAGCACUAGAAUUCCUGGAGCUUUUCCUCUUGGCGAUGCUAUGAGUAUGGCUACUACUUUAUCUUUGUACAAUACAACAGGAUCACAUCAAUUCAGAGAUAUGGUGCGAGCAGCAAAACCAACUUCACAAAAGACGGGUGUUGAGAUUGGCAUAGAAGCAUCAGCCAGUCCACUUCCUAGCGUUGUGGAAGAGGAUCAGACUGCACCGGAAUGGCCAAAAAAUGCAGAUGACCAACAUGAGAAACCAUCUACUGAUCCACCAAGUCCUGCACCAUCAGGCGAAAAUCAUACACCACAUUCUGCAAGUAUGAUACUUAAUUCAACCACAAGCGAUAUGCUUUCAGCACCUCCAUCGCCUGUUAUAUCUAUGGUUUCAAAACAUUCAAAUGGCACUUUGAAUCUUUGGCAGUUAACUUUUGCAGAUAAAUCAAAGUUUUCUCAGGUACUUAGCAUUGGUCAUGCAUCAAGGGCUUCUGGGCACAGAUUUCGAGUCAAUGAUAUCACAUGUCAUCCUGUUCUACCUCUUCUUUUAACGACUUCUCAUCAUAAUAUUCCAGAUUUUCCAACUGUUCCUGGAGCCCCGCGUCCAACACAAACUGAAAAAUCGGCAAGUUCUACUCCGACUUACGAGCAUUUUGUUAACAAGGACGUUUUUUCUCCAACCGGUUUUUGUUCUGAAUUGAUUUUGUGGCGUGUUGAUGCAGUCGGUCCGUUGUCGAAGUCGGGUGGAGUUAGUGAACUUGCUAGAAUAAAUAGUCCAGAAAUAUCUGCAUUCAGUAAUGUUGCUUGGAUUCCCACUCUGUUACCAAGUACUACUUUGGGAAACUUGAGCAAUUCGCCAUCAGCAUGUUUUGUAGCCAGUGAUGGGGAAUGCUUGCGAGUAUAUCAAGCUGUUAUUGAUGCUCGAACUUUGUUAGCUGAAAUUAGUUUGUCUGAAAGAAGAUCCAAGAUGAAGGAUUCUAUGAUGUCUCUAUCUUCUGCUUGCUCAUCGGAAGUAGCGGGUCCAGCUUUUCCUUUACAAGAGAGAAUUAAAAUAGUUUCACAACAGUCGACUGCGCGGCCUGGUUGUGUGAUACAAUUAGAUGCUAUUGAAGAUGCAACGCACGAUUGGCAAAAUACGCAGUUUCUUCAUGUGUUUCAAGAGCAGUUGAUUACAGGUGAACGUACUGAAGACAAAACAACUCCAUUAUUUCAAAGUUCUGCUGAUCUAAGAGAAGGAACUCCGAACUUAAUGGAGUCUCAACUAGGAGCUAUGGUUGAUUUACAACAAAACGCUGUGUUUGAAGAACCAUUUUACAUUGUUGUCCUAGAACGUACUGCUAAAGGCACUACUGUCCAUAUGUGGAGAUUAGUCAUAGCAUCCCAGCCUGACCCUGAAGAAAGUUUAUCAGCAAGUAUGAUGUAUGUACCAGAUUCAAAUUUAGUUCAGGAUUUAGAUGAGUCUGAAUUGGCUGCUCCAAAACAUUCCACAACCAAACUUAAUCCACAACCAGAACCUGUAGUUGAACCGCCAGGGCCUCACGUUUCUAUUAGUACAACAAAGGUAUGUCAACAAGAAUUACCUUUGCCUGAGGGGGUGGAAGUUGUGCAUGCCUCACCAGCUGCAGGACAUUUGAGUUCAUCAUCAAUUUACCCAGCAUGUUUCGCACCUUAUAUUAUAGUUACUGCUUGCUCUGACAGCACUGUUAGGUUUUGGAAAUGCCAGGUUACUAAAACGAACGAAAAGGAAAAAGGUUCAAGAGAAUACAAUUGGUGUGAAUGGGAAAUGAUUAGAAAGGAUCAGGAAUCAACAAUAGAUAUUUCGGGUCAACCACUUAAUAUAAGUGCCGCAUACUCGGGAAGAAUAGCUUGUGCUUAUAAAUAUGGAAAAUCAUUCACUCGUCCACAUAAAUCUGAUCCCGAAUCCAGAUUCGUUAAUUUGUGUGUUGCUAUUUAUGAAUGUGAAAGUACUGGUGGCUCUGAAUGGGUUUUAGAAGACACAAUCCACUUGAAAAACAUUCACUUACCUAGAAUUCAAGUUGAUCCUCAUCUUGAUUUGAGCUUGUAUGACAGCAGAUUUUUACAGAAAAAACAAAGGUUGACACAGGUAUUACAAACAUUGUCGCAUGAUGAAAUUCGAAAUAAUCGCACCACACCGAAUGGGUUAACCAAAGCCAAUGCUGGAUUAUUAGCAGUUCCAAGUUUUUCUACUCUUCAAUCACUUAGAAAGUCCAUAACCGAGAAUGGAAAUACUUGUCCUUUGACACAAAAACAUCUUGUACAGUUAGAUUGGAUAUCUAAAGAGGACGGUUCACACAUUUUAACUGUUGCUGUUGGAAGUAAAGUCAUGUUGUUUACAUCAGUUUCAACAGAUUUGGCACAAGCUAAUAUGAAGGCAAUGAAAGAAUCCGCUUCCACUAAUCGACCGAUAUUGCGUAAAGCGAGUUCCUUGGCCGCGCCUCAUUUCAAUGAUGAAAUCCGAUGGAUGAAAUUACGUCGAAUUGACUUAACAACGGCAGAUGGUCUUCCUCCAUUGCCGAUGCAGAUCUCUUGGGUUCGUGAUGGAAUUUUAGUUGUCGGUAUGGACAGCGAAAUGCAUGUUUAUUCUCAAUGGAAAGCAAAUGCAGAUCAAGGACAAACACCACCACAGGAAUCAGAUGAAUUAUAUGAUACUAGAAAUUUGAGAGAUGAAGAUCUUCGUACAAUUGCUCAUGAGAGUUCUCAAAGACGGUUAAAUAAUGUUAGUUCGAUGCCUCACUUGUCUAGAGUCAGUUCUAUUAAUCUCCAAAUGUUCCAAGGCGGUGGCACUAUAGACAGAAGAAAGAAAAGCAAUACAAAUCUACAAUCAGAACAGGCGCCUGCUUUAGAUUACAUGCCUGACUAUGGUUUAUUUGAGGCUUCAAGAAUAGCGUGUCCUGUAUUGCCACAAUAUCAUCCUAAACAACUUAUGGAAUUAUUGAACAGCGGGAAAAUUCGUUGGGUUAAAGCUAUAUUAGCACAUUUAGUAAGAUGUAUCAGCGGAACUUAUUCCUUGAAUACUGCAGGGGGCGAUGAAGACAGUUUAACCAGACAGCGCGGGUGGUCUCGCUCGCGAACCUUGUCGGUCAGUUGUGUACCUGGCACUGCCAGUCCUCUAGAACCAAGAAAUUCUACUACUCAAUUUCCUGAAGAGUUAACAUUAGACUAUGCAGAAAUCACCUCUAUACCACCCUUGCCGUUGUGGACAUUGCUUGCUGCUGAGAAAGAGACAGCUGCUACAAAUGAGGAUGGACAAGAAUAUAAUAACUUGUUUGAUGCAAACACAACUAAUUGCGAGGAAACUUUGGAUGAUUUACUGGAAUGUGAUACAGAUUCACCUAGAAGAUUUGAUAGAAGAGCUUCAGUGCCGGAAAGACAAGGUUUAUCUUACUUUGGGCCUAGACAAGGUCGUUUACUCUCACGACUCUUGACACAUACCCACAUGCCUGGUUUGUCCAGCUUAGAUCAGAUGCAUUUACUGGCCUUGGCUGACACAGUAUCUUCAUGUAACACUGAUUUUGCUGAAAGAUUUGCAAAUGAUGCUGCACGAAAUGCAAUUGCUAAAGAAAAUCUAAGCGGAGUACCGGACACUGAAGUUAUUUCAACAGAUUCAUUGGAUGAUUGCGGUUUGCGGUUUCUAUUAGCCAUGAAACAUUACACAUAUUUAUUGCGGUGUCUACCUAUUGCACAGAGAGCUCAAUUCCAAAGACAAGGAGUUGGAACAAACAAUUUAGUUUGGGCAUUCCAUUCCGAAAGCGAGGAAGAAUUAUUAAACGUUAUACCUUCAUAUGCGAAAGGGCAAGCAAAAUGGAACACACUUAAGGAAUUGGGUGUUGGAUGGUGGUUACGUAAUAGUACUUUAUUAAAAACUUGUGUAGAAAGGUUGGCUAAGGCUGCCUAUCAAGUUAAUCAAGAUCCUUUAGAUGCCGCUAUUUAUUACAUUGCAAUGAAGAAGAAAACGCUGGUUUGGGGAUUAUUUAGAUCGAAACGAGAUGAAAAAAUGACGGCGUUCUUCAGCAAUGACUUCACAGAAGAUCGUUGGCGAAAAGCAGCACUAAAGAACGCUUUCGCGUUGUUAGGAAAACAGCGAUUUGAACAUGCAGUUGCCUUUUUCUUAUUAGCUGGUGCUUUGCGUGAUGCUUUGGAAGUUUGUUUGAAUAAACUAGAAGAUUUGCAACUAGCAAUGGUGAUCGCUAGAUUAUAUGAAAGUGAUCGCGAACCAAAUCCACCAAACUUAAAACGGCUUCUUUAUGAAGAAAUUCUUGGCUGCGACGCUGAAGGCAACAAUCAGAACACAGCAAAAAUGCAUCCAGAUCCUUUCUUAAGAUCCAUGGCUUAUUGGAUUUUGAAAGAACAUUCUACUAGUUUAAGUACAUUAUUACAAACAGGCGUCGGUCAUUUACAUUCCGCCCAUGAUGACGAAGCAGAUACUAGAACUGACGGACAUUGUACAACUGAUCCGAAUGUAUUCAACUUUUAUGUGUAUUUGAGAACACAUCCAUUACUUAUCAAACAACAUAUUGCAUCAACAGCUCAGGAAAGACAAAAAGUACAUGUUGCCCUAGGCGGCUUUAGUUAUUCUAGUGUUAUUGGGGAUGCUAAUUCCAAAGUUGAUACAGGCAGACAUUUAAUGCUCGAAGAUUCCAUUACACCUCUAGAAAGGCAAUUAUACUUUACAACCGCUCAUGGUCAUUUUAAAGCGGGCUGCCCAGCUUUGGCUUUAGAAGUCCUAAGUAAACUUCCAAAUAAAGUUAUUGAUCCAUCUCAAGGUGAUUUAAAUAGUCCAACCAAAGGUAAACCACAAGAUCUCAGAAUUGAUACAGGCAUGCUAUCGUUCGGUGAUACAACAACCAAAGAUAUUACAAACACAGAAACAUCAGAUGAUCUCUGGGGCCCGCCCGCACAAAAAACAGAAAGCUCAGAUUUUGAUUGGGGUGCUCCAGUUAGCAAUACGAAAGAAGAGGAACUAGUUUUAGAUUGGGAUGAUGAUAAAUCAGAGCAUUCUUCUGGGUCUGAUGACGCACCCAUGAUGAAGAUUGAUAAGAAAGUACAAUUAGAAACACCGGCGCCGCCGGAACAAUCUUUAGGUACAUUUGAUAUUAUGGCACAACAAUUGAAAUUUGUUGCAUGCUUGAAAAUUCUAAUGGAGGAACUGUCCACAUUGGCUACUGGUUAUGAAGUUGAUGGAGGCCAACUUCGAUAUCAACUGUAUAUAUGGUUGGAACAUGAAGUUGACGCUCUGCGACAGCUUUGCGGUUACAGUCUCGGCGAAAAUGUCCAGCCUAAGAAAAUUCACGAAAGUUCAACAUUGGAUAUAAGUUCAAGCAAUCUUAAUGCCUCAACAACUAAUUUAGAACGAUCAGAUACGCCGACACCAAGUACUAAGCAUGAAUGGCCAACGCUACAUGAAAUUUUGAUGGCUGAAAAAAUAGACUUUGAGAAUAAAGUUCAAAGAGCUGCUAAAAGGAAGAAGUGGUUGAAAGCAAAUGAAACAUUGCUAAGAACACUUCUAUCAUAUUGUUCACUACACGGAGCAAGUGGCGGCGGAUUAGCAUCGGUCAGAAUGGAGCUAAUUCUGUUACUUCAAGAACUUCAGCAAGAGAAGUCGCAACAACAGCUCUUAUCUCCACUUCCAUUCCCUACUACAUUGCCUUUGUUAAGUGCGACAGUUGCUGGCAAUAAAACAGUUAUUGCUGAUCCAGUACGACACUUGCAAUCUCACGCACAUGAUAUGCUACAGACAAUAAUAGAAUUAUCAGGGCCUCCUCAAGUAGCAAAUAUACAACAACUAAGAAGAGUUUUUGAGCUCAGAGAUCUAGCAGUGGCUUUAUCAGCUUGCAUUUAUCAAUCGUUAUGUGACAGUGAUACAUGCAGUAUAAAGAACGCGGUAUCGAACGAAGCAUUUUUAAGCCCCGGUUUAGAAAAUAUAGCGCGACUUAACGCUACCUGUGGUAGUACUCAUCUCAUUGGAGGAGCGCACGCUAGAAGAAGAAAAUAUUCAACGGAUGAGCCCGUCACUGUUAGUACACCACCAAGUAAAUGGCCAGGUGUUACCAAUUUACGAGCUUUGCUCGCACGCGAAAAAGAUGAAGAUUCGCCUCGUUUGAACCUACUUCUUUGCGAAUCUUUUGUAGCUACAUACAUGGCUUUAGUAGUUUACUCUCUUUGCACAUGUGAUUCCCAUAUUUUGUACAGAUUAGUUGGUCAUAAGUUUUCUAAUAUGACUUGGGCUAGCUUAUUUGGAGGCGGUGUCAAGAAGCUACUGCGGUCUGCUAAUCUCCAACCACAACCUGCAGCUAAUCAAGAUAAAGAACCUACAACCACUAAAGAUUCAAUGUGGAAUGCAGUUACAUCACUAACUAAGCAAAGAGUCAGGUUGAACAUGAAGUUGCUGGGACAGUUUUCAGGACAAAGUGGACCGAAUAUGAAAGAAGAUAAACCAACUUAUCGAGAGCAAUUUGUUCCACCUGAAAUGUCCAUGGUAGCAUAUUUCUUACAAAAGACACAGUAUGUUGGUUCGGACGAUUACGACUACGAUUCAGCAGAAUCAGUAGCAUCUGAUUUAGAGUCUGAAGAAGAAGAUGAAGAGGAUGUGUUUGCUAAUCCUCUGAGCACUGACGCCAGGUCCUCGCAAGUAGCAACUGCACUUCGGAGACAUCGUCGCGAAAAUACGCAGCAUUCGAAUCCACACUCAUAUUCAUGGUCUAUCAUACGAUUAGCUGUUGUACGAAUUGUGCAGAAUCAAUUGACAGAGUUUCUCAAUAUUGCUGGAAUAGAAAUGCAAGAAUUGCCUGUGAGCAGUCCUCUGAUUCAUGGCAUUUUGCGUUCAUUAUCGCAGUGGCAACAAUUACUUUCUGAGGAAUUAGAAUCUAGAGGUCCAGCUCCUGCAGACUACAUUCCAGGAUGUUAUGUUGAAACCACUGCAACUGGACCUGCUAUCCAUAAAUACAGAUCGUUAUUGGAGAAGGGAAAUACACCCUUUAGUCCUGUACUGGCAGCUGCCGCACCAGUUACGCGAUUGUGGAUGUAUCUAGUCAAACAAGAACUUGUACAGGAAAUUUUCAUUCGAGCCGUAUUUGGCAAACGGCGAUCGCUAGCUGCAAUCCUGGAACCCUUAAAUGGUGGUUCCGGAUGCGCAUCUGUUGUGGAUGGAACAUCUCGAAGUGGUUCAAUUGUUCAAGAUGGUGACAGAUUGCCAACCGAACAACUUCAGCAACCCGUACGAAUAAUUCAUAAGGAACAAGAUCAUAUUUCAGCAUUCUGCUUAAAUCAGGUAAAUCCUGGUUUGCUAGCUCUGGCAACACCACGAGAAAUCCAAGAAAUGGAUAUCUCCCUAUUAUUAGAUUCACCAUCUUGGUUAGAAGAUGAAUGCGAAUUCGAUAUCAUGAAUUUAAACAAAGAUGUUGACACGUUGCCGUCGAGCGGUUUUCUUGUUAUUCAGACGUCAACUGACAAAAACAUUCUGAGUCAUAGUCCAAAUUCCGGUCAUAAUUAUGCAAUGCCAUCCAGUCCUCAGCCUGGAAUUGCUGGUCAAUCAGGAAGAGGUGCAUCUGUGAUGAAAGGUGUCAGUUUUCCUGGAUCUCACAGUCAUCGAUUCUGUCAACUGGUGGUGGACCGAAGCAAACAUUUACUCAAGCCGGUCUUGAAACAUAAAGUAGACAACAUUAAGCGAAUGUGUUCUCAUCCUCUGAUGUCACUGUAUUUGACUGGGGGGCAAGAUGGUUCAGUACAAUUAUGGGAAUGGGGUCAUCAGCAAGUGGUAUGUACUCCAAGAGCACCAGGAACUUUUGCCAAAGUAACUAGAGCGAGAUUUUCGCAGCAUGGAAAUAAAUUUGGUAUCGGUGACGGAGAUGGCAAUCUCAGCUUAUGGCAAGUGGGAUUAGCCAGUAAUGCAAAUCAAUCAUUCUUUACAUACCAGUGCCAUAACAAAGGAAUUGGAGAUUUUGUGUUUUUGGGUUCUUGCAGUUUAUUAGCUACAGCUGGCCAUAGUUCUGAGAGCAAAAAUGUUGCAAUGUGGGAUACUUUGAUGCCAAGAAAGAAAUCCCAGGUGACUGCAUUUACAUGUCAUGAUCAAGGUGCCUCUAGUUUAGUCUAUGCACCCCAACAUCAGCUCCUAAUCUCAGCUGGUAAAAAAGGAGAUGUUUGCAUUUUCGAUGUCAGGCAAAGGCAAUUGCGACAUCGUUUUCAGGCCCAUGAAACUCCGAUCAAAUGCUUAGCAAUGGAUCCAAAUGAAGAAUAUUUUGUAACGGGUUCCGCCGAUGGCGAUGUGAAAGUCUGGGGUUUGUCCAUCCACUCACUUUUGCAUUCAUUCCCUGGCGAACACGCCAAAGGUAGUUUUUUCAAGACAAUCGGUCAAGGCGUCACCCAGCUUCACACGGAUGGGGCUGGCAGAUUAUUUUCAUGUGGCGUCGAUGGUAGCAUGAAAGUUAGACAAUUGCCGCAUCCACUUUACUAAAUAUUAGGUAUGUACCUUGAAAUUACUUGCAGACAUCAAUUUUGGUGAUUUAUCUAAAAAAAGUUGUUCAAUACUAUGAGUUUAUUUAAUUGGUCGUACUUAUAAUAAACUUAAAACAAUUAAGUUUUAUAAACAAUCAAUGUUGAAUAUUCCUUGUUAUAUUUUGGAAUGUUUAUAUUG